CUCUGUAGUCGAGUGGGCAUUGGUGUGCAUUAGCACCGAUGUAGGAUGGUGAGUGUGAAAGUGGAUAGUCAGAGGCUGCCAGAGCAGUACCAGAGGAUGGGGGGACCUCGUGGAGCUGCUCACCACACUAAUAUCGAUAAAAAGGAGGUAUUGGUAUUUAAUAGGGCGACCACCCUCCCUCCAUGAGGCUCGUAUCGGAACUUUUCCCUCUACGCUGUUCCAAUCGUCCCAGGUCAAGCCCGAGCGAGAGACACUUGCUCAUCCGGCGUAUUUCACGUCAUCCACUCUUUAAAGAAACAACAGUCACUCGUUAGACCAACAGUAAACUAAUAACUUAAUUACAACAAGCAAUGGCUCCCUCACUUAAGCAGACCGUCGGCGCUGCCGCGGCCCUCUUCGCUGCCUCUGCUUCGGCCUCCGGUCCCCUGGCCAAGCGAUACCGCAACCCUGGUGCCAACAACUACCCGAUCUACGGCUACCCGCAAGUUGGUGACUACUAUCCGGGCGACGGCUACCCCGUUGACAACUACCCGGUUCAGAGCCCAAGCCCCAGCCCCAGCCCGAGCUCAACCCCGAGCCCAAGCUCAACUCCGGCUCCCAGCUCUACUCCCACCCCGAGCCCUUCCAGCCCAGCUGGCACUUACAGCAGCACUCCUGCCGGUACUUACAGCAGCUCUGUCCCUGCUGGCACGCCCAGCAGCUCCGUUCCCGCUGGUACAUACAGCAGCUCCGUUCCUGCUGGGACCUAUAGCAGCACUCCUGCCGGUAGCUACUCUAGCACUCCCGCUGGCUCUUACAGCAGCACUCCCGCUGGCUCUUACAGCAGCACUCCCGCUGGUUCCUACAGCAGCACUCCCGCUGGCUCUUACAGCAGCUCCGUCCCUGCUGGCUCUUAUAGCAGCACUCCCGCUGGCAGCUACUCCAGCACCCCUGCCGGCAGCAGCACUCCCGGUGCAAGCGGCACUCCCGGCCCCAGCAGCAGCGUUCCUGGCGGUGGCUACCCUAUUGGAAGCUACCCAGUGCCCAGCGGUAGCAGCACCCCUGGUGCUAGCGGUACUCCCGGUCCUAGCAGCAGCAUUCCGGGUGGCAGCUACUCCAGUACUCCCGCCGGCAGCAGCAGCACUCCUGCUGGUAGCUACUCCAGCACCCCCGGUGCUAGCGGUACUCCUGGCCCGAGCAGCAGCGUUCCUGGCGGCAGCUAUUCCAGCACUCCCGCUGGUAGCAGCACCCCCGGUGCUAGUGGUACCCCUGGUCCUAGCAGCAGCGUUCCUGGCGGUGGUUACCCUACUGGCUACCCCAGCUACUCUGCCAGCGUCCCCGGUGGCAGCAGCAGCAGCAGCAGCCCUGGUUCCAGCAGCACUCCCGGUGCUGGCAGCAGCGGUGUCUACCCUACCUCGAGCUACCCCGGCGCUUCCGGCAGCAGCAGCGCUCCUGGAGGUGCUUACCCUACCGGAUCAAGCUACCCCGGUGGUGACAACGGCGCUAGCUCUACUCCUGGCUCCGGUGCUUACCCUACUGGCUCCGGCUACCCUGGCGGCGACAAUGGCGCUUCUUCCACUCCUGGUGCUGGCUCUGGUGGUUACCCCACUGGCUCUGGCUACCCCGGUGGUGACAACGGUGCUUCUUCCACCGGCGCUACUGGUGGCUACCCUACCGGUGGUGACAACGGCAGUGAUAACGGUGCUUACCCUACUGGCACCGGUUAUCCCGGCGGUGACAGCGAGGGUAGCUACCCUGCUACCACCUACCCGGUCUCGUACACCACUUCGACCAUCUACUCGACCACUUGCAUCGAGACUGCUCCUGGCCAGACCACCACUGUUUACAUUCCCAUAACCACCACUGUCUGCCCUGUCACCCCGACUGAGACCUACCCCGCCGGUGGCUACCCCACUGGUUCGUACCCCGGUGGUGGUGAGGAUGAGUCCACCACUACUACCACCUCCACCCGGUAUGUGGCCACGACCGUCUACGUCUCCGAGACCUCUCCCGCUGGUGGUGAGUACCCCACCGAGACCUACCCUGCCGGUGGCAACAGCCCCUCUGAGACUUACCCGGCUGGCGGUGAGUAUCCUUCAGAGACCUACCCGGCUGGUGGUGACUCUCCCUCGGAGACUUACCCCGCUGGUGGUAACUACCCCUCUGAGACGUACCCUGUCGGUGGUGCUUCCCCCAGCAGCAGCAACACCGAGGUCUACGUCACCGCUACCGUCGUUCCUGUCACCGACUACCCCACUGAGUCUACUGCUCCUGCUGGUGGCUACCCUGUCACCACCUCGACCCUCAGCACCUCCGUCUACCCCGGCACAUCAUCGACAUACCCAAGCGGCACUCCCAUCGCCACUGCUGGUGCUAUGAAGGCUGGCGUCAGCUUCGUCGCUGUGGCCGCCGCCGCCCUCAUGGCUUUCGCUUUCUAAGCGUCGUCAAGAGUUGUUGAGCGGGCAUGGGCCGAUCCGCCCUUGAGAAUGAUCGGCUGGUAUCCUACGAAUGAU